CUGGUACAAUCGAUCGUUUCUUUGAAGUUGAAAAGGUCCAACAUCUUCUCAUCUGUCUGUCCACUCUUCAAAACAAACCAACGGAUUCAACUAUAUCCUCUCAUUACCCCGUCCAAUGGCUACCCGGAACGCUAAUCGCCGCCGACCUUCCGCUGCCGACGGACCCGUGAAGACGCCAAUGCGUAAGCCGGUAUUCGUUAAUGUGGAACAGCUAACACCCGGGACUAGCGGCCAUAACCUCACCGUGAAGGUCUUGAACUCUACCACAGUGCUCGAGAAGAAGCCCCGCAAUACGACGUCGUCUCUGACUGGAUUCCGUCGCCCUCCUCUGAACACUCGCAUCGCUGAGUGCCUCGUCGGUGACGAAACCGGCACUAUCCUCUUCACUGCCCGUAAUGAACAAGUUGACGUGAUGAAGCCAGAAACCACUGUAAUUCUCCGCAAUGCCAAGAUUGACAUGUUUAAGGGGUCUAUGAGGCUAGGCGUGGACAAAUGGGGCCGUAUUGAGGAAACCAAACCUGCAGACUUCACCGUCAAAGAAGAUAACAACCUUUCGUUGGUCGAGUACGAGUUGGUGAGCGUUGAAGAAUAGAGAUUGUUGUCCUAUGAAGUGCAUUCUGCCUCUUUUAAUCUCAUCUGUUAGGUGAAAUGGAAUUAUAUCCUAGGUAAUGCGGGUUUGGCUACUGCUAAUGAAGUGCAACUCUCCCUCUUUUAUAUCUUAUUAUCAUGAUUGGCUACAAAUCAUGUGCAUCCAGGUUUUAGGUGAAUGUUGAAGAAAAAGGUAGUGGAAUUAUGGAAGUGGAAUUUAGCCUCUAUAGUUAAGAAAGGCAUUCUAGCGGGUAAAAAAACCCAGUUUCAAAAUAUGAGGGUCUGGUAUAGUGUUUUUAUAAUUAUCUUGUUAUUGUGAUGCCUGUUUAUAAAGAUUUACCCCUGUUAAUUUUAGGACUUAAUCUAAUCUGAGCAUGGGUAAUUGACAUGUAAAUGAUAUUUGACUUGGUCAAUCAUGAUCACGGAUACUGUUUUAUUCAGCUUAAAUAUUGCUGACAGGAAAAUCUUGGUAAAUCUUGCUCCAACAAAGAAGCGUUGUGAUUGUUGUAAAAUCCCGGGAAUUACAUGCGUGGAUUGUUCAUCCUUUUAAUCAAAC